AUGGAUGAAGCUGGGAAGAAAAGAAGAUUGGAUAUUCAAGAGUUAGAAGAAAUCAGGAACGAUGCUUACGAGAACGAGACAAUCUAUAAGGAGAAGACGAAAGCGUUUCACGAUAAGAUGAUCUUGCGAAAGGUAUUCACUACUGGUCAAAAGGUACUCUUAUAUCACUCUCGUUUCAAACUUAUUUCCGGUAAAUUGAGUUCUCGUUGGGUGGGACCUUUUAUUGUUAGUAACGUGUUUGAUCAUGGUGCUAUAGAAAUUAAGAGUGAACAAUCAGGAAAGAUUUUUAAGGUAAAUGGUCACCGUCUCAAACCAUUUUACGAAGGGUUUCAUGUUACAAAUGAAGAAGUGGAGGCUUGUGUAUCCGCUUGGGAGUAG